AUGGAGCCAUCUUCUUUAUCAUAUGCAGAACCUUCCAUCGUAACCCUGACUAUCCUAUCCGGUUUUCUGUUACUCCUCAAUGUAGUCAAUUAUGGACUCGAUAAGCUUUUGUACUGCGGUCUCAUCGGCCAGGUUUUUCUCGGCAUCGCCUGGGGCGCACCUGGAGCAAAUUGGCUACCAUUCUCCGUUCAAGAAGCAAUAAUGCAGAUAGGCUACAUCGGUUUAAUCUUGAUCGUCUAUGAAGGCGGCCUAUCAAUAUCCUUCAAAACUCUCAAGGCGAACCUCGUCCUCUCCGCAGCCGUUGCUGCGGCAGGCGUCGCUGUACCCAUGGCUCUUUCCUUCACCUUGUGCUCCAUCGCAAGCGCUUCGCAAGUGCAGGCUUUUGCAGCUGGGGCGGCCCUGUGUUCCACCAGUCUCGGCACCACCUUCACGAUCCUGAGCACCAGUGGCAUGUCCUCAACGCGCCUGGGUGUGGUCCUCACCAGCGCUGCGAUGAUGGAUGAUGUCGUCGGACUGAUCAUGGUACAAAUUGUGUCUAAUCUUGGCGAUGGUGACCUCCGCCCUAUCACAAUCGUGCGGCCGAUCAUGGUGUCGAUAGGAUUCGCGGUGCUGGCGCCGGCAGUCUCCCGUUUCGUUGUCAUUCCUACUACAUUAUACCUGAAUAAAGCGCGAGAGGAGCAUCCAGACACAAAACUGGACCGCUUGAUGAGGAAGCCAGAAACGGCUCUCACGAUUCAUACUGUUUUGCUCCUAGGACUUGUUACUGGGGGCACAUUCGCUGGGACCUCAAGCCUCUUUGCAGCGUAUAUCGCUGGCGCUACUGUGUCGUGGUGGGACUCGGAGGUCCCACAUAUCACACUUCGGAAUGCAAGUGAGGACCAGAGUCUCUCAGAUUCUCCUGCUUGUGCAGACGCAAUUUCUUCUACGUCAGGCCUAAAUAUAUAUGGCCGUUAUUACAGCGUAGCUGUGGAGAGACUUCUCAAGCCAUUCUUCUUUGCUUCUAUCGGCUUCUCGGUGCCCGUCACCAAGAUGUUUGCCAAGCCUGUCGUCUGGAGGGGUAUGGUGUACACGAUACUAAUGGCGGCGGGCAAGAUGACCUGUGGCAUUUGGUUUCUGUUCUUUCACUCCGCCGCGGGCGUGUCUCUAUAUCCAGCCUACAUUGUGGCCCUCGCAAUGAUCGCACGGGGCGAGAUCGGGUACCUUAUCUCGGCGCUGGCCGAGAGCAGCGGGACUUUUGGUCGCGGUGUUGAUGCCGACGAACCUUCGGAGCUGUUCUUGAUUGUGACGUGGGCGAUCACAUUAUGCACAAUACUGGGCCCCAUCGGUGUGGGCCUGCUCGUCAGCAGAGUGAGACGGCUCGAGGAGAAUGGAAAGAAGGGACAGCAACCCGCGAGGAUGGAAAUUCUUGGGGCUUGGGGAGUGAGCUGA